AUGUUAUUAGUCGAACAUGGGUCUGUUGUGACAAGUGGUGGUCCAGAUAAAAAGGAACCCAUUCGGUCAGCUGGACCUCAAGGACCUCCUGGGCCUCCAGGAGAAAGGGGGCCCAUAGGGCCAGCUGGUAAUUGUUCUGCUGGACCUCCUGGUGAAAAGGGGGCUUUAGGGUUUUCUGGACCUCCAAGGGAAAAUCAUACCCUGGGACUUCCUGGACCCCCGGGAGAAAAGGGUGCCGUGGGACCUCCUGGACCCCCGGGAGAAAAUGGUACAGUGGGACCUCCUGGACCUCCGGGAGGAAAUGGUACCAUGGGGCCUCCUGGACCUCCAGGAGAAAAUGGUACCAUGGGACCUCCUGGACCUCCGGGAGGAAAUGGUACAGUGGGACCUCCUGGACCUCCAGGAGAAAAGGGACCCAUAGGACCAGUUGGCCUUGGGACUGCCGGGCCUCCUGGUGAAAAGGGGGCUUUAGGGUCAGCUGGACCUCCAGGAGAAAAGGGUGGCUUGGGACCUCCUGGACCUCGGGGAGAAAAGGGGCCCAUGGGGCCAGCUGGCCAUGGUUUUGUCGGACCUCCUGGUGAAAAGGGGGCUUUAGGGUCAGCUGGACCUCCAGGAGAAAAGGGUGGUAUAGGACCUCCGGGAGAAAGAGGGCCCAUAGGUCCAACUGGCAAUGGAACUGCCGGACCCCCUGGACCACCAGGAGAAAGGGGGCCCAUUGGGCCAACUGGCCAUGGGACUGCCGGACCUCCUGGUGAAAAAGGGGCUUUAGGGUCCGCUGGACCACCAGGAGAAAAGGGUACCUCGGGACCUCCAGGAGAAAGGGGGCCAAUAGGGCCCGCUGGCCAUGGGACUGCCGGACCUCCUGGUGAAAAAGGGGCUUUAGGGUCCGCUGGACCGCCAGGAGAAAAGGGUACCUCGGGACCUCCAGGAGAAAGGGGGCCAAUAGGGCCCGCUGGCCAUGGGACUGCCGGACCUCCUGGUGAAAAAGGGGCUUUAGGGUCCGCUGGACCACCAGGAGAAAAGGGUACCUCGGGACCUCCAGGGGAAAGGGGGCCCAUAGGGCCAGUUUGUCAUGGGUCUGCCGGACCUCCUGGUGAAAAGGGAUCUUUAGGCAUCAGCUGGUCAGCUGUCCCGCCAGGAGGAAGGGGGCCAGAAUGGCCAGUUUGCUAUGGGCCUGCCGGACCUCUCGGACCUCCUGGUGAAAAGGGAGCUAUAGGGCCACCUGGACCAUCGGGAAAAAAGGGGGAAAUGGGGCCAACUGGACCAUCGGGAGAAAAGGGAGACAUGGGGCCAACUGGACCAUCGGGAAAAAAGGGGGAAAUGGGGCCAACUGGACCUUCGGGAAAAAAGGGAGACAUGGGGCCAUCUGGACCAUCGGGACAAAAGGGAGACAUGGGGCCAUCUGGACCAUCGGGACAAAAGGGAGCCAAAGGGCGAGCUGGAAAUAGAGGGUCAAGGGGGCCAGUCGGGCCUACUGGAUCUAAAGGGAGUAAGGGAAAGAAAGGGUCUAGAGGGUGUAAGGGGGUGAAGGGUCGUUCCGGGCGUGAUGGAAGGGACGGGGAGAAGGGUCCUCCCGGGCGCGAUGGUCCUCCCGGGUCACCUAGCAAGUCAAGAUACAGAGGCAAAUAA